CGCGUCGUCUGCUACAGAUUCGUCGCCGAUGCCAGCCAACUUGACGAUUACUUGUCGGCGCUGAAGAAGCAGUAGCUCCGACAUGACACUUUCCUGAUGUCAGCAUGCCGCUGUGGAGGACGAGGCUCGCCCUGUGGAUCCGUGAGAACCCGUAUUUCGGCCCGCUUUUCAUUCGCGUGACACUGAGCUUAGUUCUGGUUCUUUACCUGAGCUUAGGAGCGUCUGUGUUCAUGGUUCUGACUAGCGGGGACGAAGACUGGGACGUUUCCACUGUUGCCGAGCUGAGGAACAGGACUGCUGAGCGCCUGAUCGGCAAGCUGAAGACGCUAACAUCUAGACCCGAGGCGUGGAAUCGCGCAGUGAUUGAAUAUCUGGUCGAAUACGACGAGAGAAUGUCUGGCGUCGACCACAGGGGGUGUGCAACUGGAAGAGAACCGUGGUCGUUUUCCGAUGCCAUGCUCUUCAGUCUGGUGCUUCUGACGACGUCAGCUGCUCGCAAGCGCUGCAGAGACCUUACCUUUAACGAGUUUAUUUCUCUUUACAUACAUACCACCUUCAAACCGCUGGCGUUUGCUUCCGCAGGUGGCUACGACUAUACCAAGACGUCGACCGCCGUGAAGGUCGCCAUCGUGGGCUACAUCUGCUUCGGCGUUCCGCUCCUCUUCGGCUGGCUUCUGCUGCACGGCAAGACAGUGGCGCAGACGUGGCUUCUCGCGUGCGCGAACGCCUACCGGCUCUUCACGGGCCUCAGAAAACGCUUCCGGAGCGUGAGUCCGGGAUCCGAGACGGAGGACGUUCCCGCGGCAACGCCGCCAACGCACGCGACGACGCUCUUCCGUCCAGAACUUUCGAUCGUGUCCGGCCACCUCAGCUACGCGCAACUGGCGCCCAAGGAUCGCGGGAGCAGAAUUCGCGUCGUCAGCGUCGGGACUCCACGGGGGACGACGGUGGUCGUCAACCGCCGAGCCCUGACGGCCGCUGCCGCGGCGCUUUUCUGCCUCUUUCUCCUCUACGUGGUCUUCGGUGCCGGUGCCAUGGCCGCUUCUUCCUCCACCGGCUCGGGAGGACAGACGACGUUCGACGGCUUGUUCUGGAUCUUUCUCCAGUUCACGACGACGAGCUCGAACCCGUACGCCACCUUUGGCACGAGCCCGGGCGCUCGAGGAGGCUGGGCGCUGUACUAUGCGGUGGGAGCUCUUCAACUGGCGGCGGUAGCGUACAUGAUCUUCGCGCUGGUCACGUGGAGGUGUGCGUUCUGUGCCGACAACUGGACGGCGCAGUCCUCGCAGGCUUAAAAGGGUCCCUGCGCCAUAUCAACGCCGCGGAGCGGGUGGCAUGGUCUAAGCAUUUGACCAAGGAUAACAGGGCUCCAGUCGCUUGCAGAAUUGUUACGUAGUAGCCGAGUAAAAAAGGUUUUGUUGAGGCUUUUUAUUAGGGCACUGCAAACGCUUUUUGAAGAUAGUAAGAAAACAUUUUCUAUCUGUGCACUAUGCUGCCGCGAACAUGUGAACCGAAUAUUAUUCCGCUGCACCUAGCACGGAGCCUGCUAGCUCGCAUAACCGCUAGUCCUCCCCUGUGGCUUUUGGGCCCCCAUCCCCUGUCCCCAUUCUUUUUCUGCCGUAUGUUACGUCAGCAGGGUGUCUACCAAGUUGACAUUUCCAAAUUCCCUGAGUUUUCCAGGUUUUCCCUGGGUGAUGCAGAAUUGUUUUAUGUAAAGACGGGCUGAAACCAUAUCGCCCAAUGCUGUCACUCUCUAGUAAGCAUAUGAAAAAGAAAUUAAAAAAUGCUACUUAAUCCAUUUUGAAUACUAAGGAGUAGUGUUUAUGUUACUCAAAAAGAGAACAGAAGGGAGGGGUUAGUAAAAUGCACAGCAAAUAAAGUGUCUUCGAACAAAAAUUGCAAAUCAAGUCGGACAUUCUCAAAUACGAAUAAAAAGGAGAUGCAUACAGAAGCAAAUAUUUUCGAAUAUGAGCUAUUUCUAUGAACUGAUAGCAAGCUCAGCG